CCUAUCCAUAUAAACUGGCUGUCUGCUGAAUCUGUUUCAGUCUGAAGUUGAAGAAUUUCUUUCCACAGAACCGACUUUUGUGGCUUUAAGGAUGUUUGUGGCUGGCUUAACACUGCUGCUCCUGGGUUCUGUACUGAGCCAUCCUUUAGAUCAGCUUUCUCUGGAUAGUGAAUGGGAAAGCUGGAAAACCACUUACAGAAGAGAGUAUAAUGGCCUGGGUGAACAGGCUGUUCGCAGAGCUAUCUGGGAAAAGAACAUGAGGCUGAUUGAGGCCCAUAAUCAGGAGUAUGAGCUGGGCAUUCACUCAUAUACACUGGGAAUGAACCACCUCGGAGACAUGACAGCAGAGGAGGUGGCCGAGAAAAUGCUAGGACUGCAGGUUCCUAUGGAGAGAGAUUCUAUGAAUGCCUAUGUUCCUGACCCACUAGAUAAACUGCCCAAAUCAGUUGAUUACCGCAAACUUGGCUAUGUUACAUCUGUCAAAAACCAGGGAUCUUGUGGCUCCUGCUGGGCCUUCAGCUCGGUUGGUGCUUUGGAGGGUCAGCUGAAGAAGACCACAGGCCAGCUGGUAGACCUCAGCCCUCAGAACCUGGUGGACUGUGUGACUGAAAACUAUGGGUGUGGCGGUGGCUUCAUGACCAACGCAUUCAGCUAUGUCAGAGACAACAAAGGCAUUGACUCUGAGGAGGCUUAUCCAUACAUGGGACAGGACGAACCGUGUGCUUACAAUAAGUCUGGCAAGGUAGCAGAGAUCCGAAGGUAUAAGGAGGUGAAGAAAGGCAGUGAAUAUGCUCUGGCCUCUGCUGUGGCUAAGGUUGGUCCAGUUUCGGUAGGCAUUGAUGCCAUGCAAUCGACCUUCCAGUUCUACAAGAGUGGUGUGUACUAUGACCCCAACUGUGACCAGGAAAACAUUAAUCAUGCAGUGCUGGCGGUAGGCUUUGGUGUCACACCCAAGGGCAAGAAGUACUGGAUUGUCAAAAACAGCUGGGGUGAGGAGUGGGGAAAGCAAGGUUACGUCCUGAUGGCUCGUAAUCGCAACAAUGCCUGUGGAAUUGCCAACCUUGCCAGUUUCCCUGUCAUGUAAACAUUCUAGUAUCCCACUACAACCACAAAAGUCCACUGACACUAAACAAACACAUAAGAGACUUAAUCAUAUUUCAUAACUUGCACAAAAAUGUUUCUGCACUUGAAUGCAGGUUUUUAUAACAACCAAGCAGGAUCUAUACCAGAUUCAUCAUGGUUAAUUGGUUUGUCUGAGCCCUUUAACUUUUGCUUGUAUCAGGUGGUUGGUAUAAAUACAGCAGCCUGAUAUAUGGCUUUGCAGGAAAACAUUGUGUUUUUUAAAAUCCUUGUUUUGUUGUAUACAUUUGUCUCUGACAUUGUAUUUUCUGUGAACAGGUUUAGUUUUAGAUAAUGUGCAAUAUGCAGCCAGAUUAAUUUCUUUUUGAAUAAAAAUAUACCUCUGGUAGGGAUUUUAUGUGUUACAUUUUGUCAUUAAAUUUUGACAUGAAAGGGAA